AAAACUUUUCAUCCAUGUUACUCUUUCUCUUUCCCACCAAACUUAAAAUAUCAUUAGAGAGAAUAAAGGGAAGGCAGUGGCAUGAAGUUUCCAAAUAAUAAAAUUUCAGAAGAAAAAGAAAGAAAACAAAGUACCAUACAAUACUAUGCCACACCAACUAAACACCUUCCUCUUUUAAUUUUUAUUAUUUUUAACCUUUUCUAUUUAUUUCUAAGCCAAGCUACUUUCCUCUCUCUCUCUCUCUCUCUCCUCUUCUAGCUGAACAAGUCUUAAAGCAGAGACCUUUCUCGAGCUUCAUCUCUGUUUUCUAACUUUGAAAAUCAAAACUUUAUGAUUGUGUGACUAUUCUCUCUCUCUCUCUUGAAUUAUACAGAGAGAAAGAGAGUUUCUCUCGCUUUAUUCUCUUUCGUUAAAACCGUUCAAAUAAAUAAGAGUAUAGAGUGUUGAGGAUCAUAAUCUAGAGGGAAAAAAGUUUUCGGGUUUUUGAAUUUGAAGGAGUUUUGAUCAUUAAAAUGUUUGGGUGUGAGUGUUGGUGUUGGGACAGUGAGCUGGAGUUCAAUUACUCUGAGCCUAAACCCUUCUCUUUACCUUCACCACUUCCGGCAUGGCCUAAAGGCCAAGGCUUUGGAACCGGAAGAGUAUCUCUUGGAGAAAUUGAAGUUGCAAAAGUCACCAAGUUUGAGAGCGUUACUAGUCUAAAUGGGAAACCAAAUGGGGUUUCAUUUUACAAGCCUGUGAACAUUCCUGAAGGAUUUUUCUGUCUUGGUCACUACUGCCAGCCCAGCAACAAGCCAUUGAGAGGCUACGUUCUUGUGGCUCGUGAAGCUGCUUUUACUCCUAAGCCACAACACUCGGAAUCAAGCUUACCUGCACUGAAAAAGCCUGUUAACUAUUCCUUAAUCUGGAAUGCAGAUUCCCAUAAUGAUGGUUGUGGUUUUUUUUGGUUGCCAAAUCCGCCAAUGGGUUACAGAGCGGUGGGUUUUGUUGUCACUAAUAACCCCGAGGAGCCUGAAGUUGAUGAAGUUAGGUGUGUGAGAGAAGAUCUUACUGAGACUUGUCGAACAAGUGAUGCGGUAUUUGCCAUGGAUUCAAAGUUUUCCAAGGAUGCAUUUCAAAUUUGGAGCACGAUGCCUUGCAAGAGAGGGAUGUGGUGCCAAGGAGUGUCUGUUGGUACAUUUUUCUGUAGUAGCUAUUGGAAUUCUGAGAAAGAUUUAUAUAUUGGGUGCUUAAAGAACGUGAACUCUACUCUAGAAGGAAUGCCAAAUCUUGACCAAGUUCAUGCUCUCAUUCAGCAUUAUGGGCCUACAUUGUUCUUCCAUCCUGACGAGGAAUAUUUGGCUUCUUCAGUUAAAUGGUUUUUCAAAAAUGGGGCACUUCUCUGCAGAGAUGGCUCUAAUAAGGCUGAACCUAUCAAGUUUGGAGGAUCAAACUUGCCUGCUGGAGGAGUGAAUGAUGGUAAGUUUUGGAUAGAUUUGCCCGGUGAUGAUGAGGCAAAAGAACAUCUAAAGCGAGGAAAUAUGGAAAGUUCGGAGCUUUAUGUUCAUGUUAAACCAGCACUCGGAGGGACUUUUACUGAUAUAGCUAUGUGGGUUUUUUGCCCCUUUAAUGGACCAGCCACCCUUAAAGUUGGUUUGUUGACAUUUGCAAUGAACAAGAUAGGAGAACAUGUGGGUGAUUGGGAGCACUACACCCUUCGUGUGAGCAACUUCACCGGAGAACUGUGGCAAAUAUACUUCUCGGAACACAGUGGUGGUAGAUGGGUGGAUGCUUCUGAGUUGGAGUUCAUCCAAGGGAACAAAGCAGUAGUUUAUGCAUCAAAACACGGUCAUGCUAGCUUCCCACAUCCCGGUACAUACAUUCAAGGCUCAACAAAGCUUGGAAUAGGGGCCAGAAAUGAUGUUGCUCGUAGCAAGUUUUUCAUUGAUUCGAGUACAAGGUAUCAGAUCAUUGCAGCUGAGUAUCUCGGUGAGGGAGUUGUUACAGAACCCUGUUGGUUGCAGUAUAUGAGGGAAUGGGGUCCAACCAUAGUGUAUGAUUCGCGAUCAGAACUAGACAAACUACUUGACAUUCUUCCAUUUUAUUUUCGAUUUUCGGUUGAGAACAUCUUUGAUUUGUUUCCAACUGAGAUUUAUGGUGAGGAAGGACCAACUGGACCAAAGGAGAAGGAUAAUUGGGAUGGUGAUGAAAGAUGCUAGCUGUGCCAUGUUAAAUGCCACUUAAAUCAUAUUUUGAAGAGCUUGGUUCCUAAAUGCAAGAUUGAAAAUUGUAUAUAAACCAUUUUGGAGAUGAUACUCAGUUCAUGCUGCAGCAAAAAGCUUUUGACAGCAUAGAAGUGCAUCCAAUCCCAAAGUAGUUUUAGGAUAUAAAGGACAUGAAUAUAUUUAUUACAAAAAAAUGUCUUCUCAUUUACCAAGUCUUAAACUGUGUUGAAGCUUGAAAAUAACAGCUAGCCAGGUUGUGCUUCAACAGCAGAGAAGAAAACUGGAGUUGGUCUUUCUGUGCCACCAUCGCUUUAAGCCCCAUUCUUAGUAAGAUUGCUUGGCUUUGCAUCUAUACAUGCAGAGCCAUAGAAAGACACUGAACUUCUCUACCCUCUCUCUCUCAAAAUUAAUUGGGUAUUGUUAGAUUGGCUUGUUGUAUGUUAUAUACUUACUAUUUGUGUAUCAUUCCAGAUAAUUGUGGAGUUCAUUUUAAAAUUCAAUACGAUUGAUUUACACUGUAAGAUCACUUUGGAGCUUUAGAACAUAUAAUACAAUAGUUCAUGUGUGUUUUGUAAAUUACAUUAAUACACCAACUUUUUACACCAAA